UUCUGAACUGUAUAAAGAUGGCGGCUACUGGUGAGGAAGCUAGUAACAGCGCUGCAGACACUAUAGUCACCGAGUAUGCCACGUAUGAGGAUAACCUGGACUCUCAAAUAACACCAACUGAUCUGUUCUACCUGGAGGACGAGGAACUAGCACGUCAGCUAGUAGAGCUAGGAUAUCGUGGAUCAGGGGAAGUGCUCAAGAGAGAAGACUUUGAGCUCAGGAAAGAAGCGGCUGCAGCCAGUAAGCUAGCACGUCGAGACCAGCUGAGAGUGUUGUGCAGUGCUGGGAAGGACCUGCAAGGAUCAGUGUUCCAGGAGGGGCUGGCUCAGAGGGAAGAGACUAACAGAAACGGGAAAAUUUCAUCAAUUAUAUUUAUUCGGGACAGGAAUGCCAAGGGUCAGGAGAUAUCAGGAUACAUUGACUACGCACAUCGACUCAAGGUGGAUGAUUUUGACCCCAUAUUCUCGUCACGGAAGAAGCUGCUCCCUAGACACAGUGACUUGAGCUUCUAUAACUGGGACACUAACUUCUCCUCGUCCAACUCCACUCCUAAUUAUCAGGUGAUUGCAGACAAUGCCUCAGGUCUGCUGUUUAAGAAUAAACGAGACAGAAAGAUUAUUAACGUUGACCCAAAGGUACAGGCUGUGUGGGGUGUGUGUGUGUGGGGUGUGUGGGUGUGUGUGUGGGUGUGUGUGUGGGUGUGCUGUGUGUGUGUGGGGGGAAAUAAUUACAAAUUAAGGUACAGCUAUAGCGUGCAGUAGAACUAAUAAGUGAAUUGAGGCCUCAGAUUCAAAGCUGACAGUGAAGAUUAGAAUGAACUUUGUACAGCACGU